AGUUUGCCAGACAGGCAAGAUGAGGUAGAUGUCUCAGAUGGAGAGAACAGCUUACCCAGAGCUACACACAUGUGAAACAACAGGUCCAGGGGUUUGAUGAGGCUAUGGCUGGGUGUGAGGUGUACUGUGGUUGAGUAAUAAAGCUGGAAAAGGUAGUAGGGACCAGAUCAUGUAGGGUAAUGGAGGGUUAGAGACCCAGGCCAUUUGGAAGAAGCUAAAGGUAGAGGUAGCAAAUCUGUUAUUAGCAAGGACAUUGUCACCACCUUGUGAACACUGAUGGCAGCAUGAACAUGGGAGGAAAACAACGGGGGCUGCUGUAUGGAGCCUGGUCUGGAAACAAGUUGGCUGACAUACUCUCUGCCCAGCCCACAGCCAUGGCCACGAUGGUGGCCCAGAAGCUCAGCCACCUCCUGCCCAGCCUGCGGCAGGUCCACCAGGAGCCUCAGCCCUCUGCGCCACCAGAGCCUGUGUUCACCGUGGAUCGAGCCGAGGUGCCGCCCCUCUUCUGGAAGCCGUACAUCUACGUGGGCUACCGGCCGCUGCAUCGAACCUGGCGCUUCUACUUCCGCACGCUGUUCCAGCAGCACAACGAGGCGGUGAACGUCUGGACCCACCUGCUGGCCGCCCUGGUGCUGCUGCUGCGGCUUGCCAUUUUUGUGGGCACUGUGGACUUCUGGGGAGACCCGCAUGCCCAGCCCCUCUUCAUCAUCGUCCUCGCCUCCUUCACCUACCUCUCCCUCAGCGCCUUGGCUCACCUCCUGCAGGCCAAGUCCGAGUUCUGGCAUUACAGCUUCUUCUUCCUGGACUAUGUGGGUGUGGCCGUGUACCAGUUUGGCAGCGCCCUGGCGCACUUCUACUAUGCCAUUGAGCCCGCUUGGCACGCCCAAGUGCAGACCAUCUUCCUGCCUACGGCUGCCUUUCUUGCCUGGCUUUCCUGCACUGGCUCCUGCUACAACAAGUACAUCCAGAAGCCUGGGCUGCUGGGCCGCACUUGCCAGGAGGUACCCUCAGCACUGGCCUACGCCCUGGACAUCAGCCCCGUGGCGCACCGCAUCCUUGUGUCCCCCGACCCUGCCACAGACGACCCGGCUCUUCUCUACCACAAAUGCCAGGUGGUCUUCUUUCUGUUGGCCGCGGCUUUCUUCUCUGCCUUCGUGCCUGAGCGCUGGUUCCCUGGCAGCUGCCAUGUCUUUGGGCAGGGCCACCAGCUCUUCCAUGUCUUUUUGGUACUGUGCACGCUGGCCCAGCUGGAGGCCGUGGCGCUGGACUAUGAGGCCCGGCGGUCCAUCUAUGAGCCUCUGCACACCCGCUGGCCCCAUAACUUCUCCGGCCUCUUCUUGCUCACUGUAGGCAGCAGCAUCCUCACCGCAUUCCUCCUGAGCCAGCUGGUACGGCGCAAACUUGAUCUUGAUCGGAAGACUCACUGAAGGGGGUGGCACCUGGUAGGGAGGGAGGUAUAGUGGGGGCCCAAGGGUCCGGAUGGGAACAGAUGGGAAUAGAUGGGAACCUUGGCUCUGGAUGGGAACAAGUCCUGGUAAAGUUGUUUGUGUCUGG